AUGUCAAGCGAUCAUCAAAUUUACCCCGGCGGAUCCUCAAAUGCGGAGCUCCCCGCCUUAGGGGAACGGCGUGACGAAACCCGCGAUGAACGUCCCGCAGCGGUGUCAGAACGCUAUUGGCGGCUAUUCAACGACCCGGGCUUGUCUCCCCCUGGCGGCGCGCCCGCCGACUCCUCGCAAGUGUCGCCCGAGGCCUUUCAUGACCUCGCCCACCAGGUUCGAACUCUAACAAGCAUGGUGCAGACCAUUGUCUCCCAACGAACCCCUCCGUAUACGACGAGGCCCUCGCAGCAACAGGAAACCCUCGCCCGGACCCACGCACCGCUCCCAGAGCUUCCGGGCUCGCCUCGAAACCCCACAACUCGACCGGGAGGCAGGGAAGCCGAGGACACGGCGAGCCGCCCCGAGCCGGAGGCCCCGACUGCUGAUUCGACGAACGCCCUACGGGCCCAGCUGCGCCUUGUCAGUCAAAGGCUGGACGAGGUACAGCAGGAGGUUCGUAAGUCGAAAGAAGAACUCGGGACGGACAGACACCAAGGAUCUCCGUUCACCCCCGAGAUACAGGAUCAGGCGAUCCCGCCACACUUCCGCCUCCCUUCCCUGGACGCGUAUGAUGACGCAACCGACCCCGCGAACCACGUGGCCGCUUUUCGGGCCCAGAUGGCGUUGUUCGGGACUUCAGACGCCCUGAUGUGCCGGGCGUUCCCGACGACCUUGCGAGGACCAGCCCGCGCAUGGUACAGCGGCCUGAAGUCAGGAACCGUCGCCUCCUUCGACCAGCUCGCCAAGGAUUUUGAGCUUAACUUCCUAGCGUACGCCCGACCGAAGCCAUCCAUGGCGUUGCUCCUAGGGCUCAACCAGAAGGAGGACGAGCCCCUUUCUCACUUUGUGAACCGGUUUACGACGCAAAUCCGUGGAUUACCGGAUGCUCACCCCUCUCUCUUGAUGCAAGCCUUUAUGACUGGUCUGCGGCCCUCCAGGUUCUUCUGGUCGCUUGUGGAGAGGCCCCCCGUCGCGGUCCCUGAGAUGCUCCAACGGGCCAGCCAAUUCAUCGUCGCAGAAACCUGGAUGAUGGGAAAGCGAGAAGAACACAGAAAGGUCAAGUCGGAGCCGCCCCGACAGCAGCAACCCACCACCUCCCGGCGAAAGCUGGACAGGCCUGACCCCAGGCCCCCUCUUCCCGCCCUGAACUCUUCCCGGACGGAGAUAUUCCUACACGAAAAGGGGAAGGGGCUGCUCAGGGACCCCCACCCCAUGAAGAACCCGCGAGAGCUCGCAGAUCGCUCAAAGUACUACCGAUUUCAUCGACAGCACGGGCAUGACACGGAGCAGUGUUACGAGCUGAAAAGACAAAUCGAGGAGCUCAUCCUCAGAGGCCAUCUCGGCCAGUACCUCCGGCCGAGCAAAGAGCAGUUUCCUCGUCCAGAGGGCCCUGUUGAGCGACACAUCGAUGUCAUAGCCGGGGGCCCCGCAUCCGGAGGAAGUUCUAUGUCGGGCAGGAAGGCCUACGCCCGGGCCGCCCCCGACGAAGCCUCGGGACGUGAGCCUGAGCCCGAGAUCACCUUCCCAACCGGAGCCGCUGAGCGACCCCACCACGACGAUGCCCUGGUAAUAUCGGCCAGGGUAGCCAACGCGCAAGUAAAAAGAAUCAUGGUCGACACGGGGAGCUCAGCCGACAUACUCUACUUUGGCACCUUCCAGAAGCUGGCCCUAGCCAGGGAAAAUUUAAGCCCUAUGUGCUCGACACUCACCGGCUUCACGGGAGAUUCGAUAUCACCUCUGGGAGCCAUUACCCUCCCUCUGACUCUGGGAACCCCGUCGAAAUCAAAGACGGUCAUGACCACCUUUCUGGUAGUCGACCUUCCCACCGCAUAUAAUGCCAUACUUGGCCGGCCAACCCUCAACAAGGUCCGAGCCGUCGUCUCGACCUACUACCGGACCGUCAAGUUCCCGACUAGGGAGGGGGUCGGGGAAGUCACCGGAAGCCCCCAAGAGUCCAGGCGCUGCUACCUUACCUCCGUCUCUUUGGGCAAAAGGGCCAGGGGUGAAUCGCCUCUAGAAGAUCCCCGGGAGGCAAAGAGGCCGGCCCCUCACCCUGGGCCGAGGGGAUCCACUGCUGACAUCCCCUUACGGGAAGCACGACCGGAUCAAACGGUCAAGGUCGGCUCAGAGCUACCCGAGCGAGAACUGGAACAGCUCGUCGGCCUUCUACGGGAGAAUGCCGACAUCUUCGCCUGGUCCCCAUCGGACAUGAAGGGAGUCGACCCCAAGGUAGCGGAGCAUCAUCUCAACAUCCCACCUGACGCUCGACCGGUAAAGCAAAAACCCCGUCGCCACGCACCUGACCGGCAACGUGCCAUACAAGAGGAGGUGGGCCGACUCUUGGCGGCAGGCUUCAUAGAAGAGGCCAAGUAUCCUCAGUGGUUGUCCAAUGUAGUUCUCGUGAAAAAACACAAUGGAAGCUGGAGGAUGUGUGUUGACUACACUAGUCUCAACAGUGCGUGUCCUAAAGACUGCUACCCCCUCCCGAGGAUCGACCAGCUGGUUGACGCAACAGCAGGGCACGCGCGCCUCUCUUUCAUUGAUGCCUAUUCAGGAUACAAUCAGAUCAGAAUGGCGCCAGAAGACAGGGAACACACGGCUUUCCUCACCGAUCAAGGGAUAUACUUUUACAGGGUCAUGCCGUUCGGGUUGAAAAAUGCCGGAGCUACAUAUCAGAGGACAGUAAACAAGAUGUUUGCCCCCCAAAUCGGGAGGAACAUGGAAGUCUACGUGGACGACAUGAUUGUGAAAAGCAGAGAGGCCGGGACACACCUUGCCGACCUAGCCGAGGCCUUCGACACGCUACGCAAGUUCGGCAUGCGGCUCAACCCCACGAAGUGCGCUUCCGGCGUCACCUCCGGGAAAUUCCUGGGGUUCAUUGUACACCAGAGAGGAAUCGACGCCAACCCGGAGAAAGUACAGGCAAUAAUCGAUAUGCAGUCCCCCCGGAUAGUUAAAGACCUGCAGCGACUCAACGGCAGACUCGUCGCCCUGUCUCGCUUCCUCGCCCGAUCGGGCGAUCGCUGCCUCCCUUUCUUCAAGGCGCUCAAAGACCCGAAAAACUUCCAAUGGACGUCGGAAUGCGAGGAGGCUUUGAAACAGAUGAAGCAGCACUUGGCCACCCUCCCUCGACUCGCCUCUGUCUUCCCCGGCGAAAAGCUGGGGCUCUAUCUGGCGGCCUCCCCAUACGCGGUUAGCUCCGUCCUCGUCAAGGAAAUCUCCGGCGCACAGCUCCCGAUCUACUACGUCAGCCACGUCCUGAGUGGACCUGAGGAGCGUUACCCACCGAUAGAAAAACUCGCACUCGCCCUGGUGCUCUCAGCCCGGAAGUUGCGCCCCUACUUCCAGGCACACUCGGUGGAAGUCGUCACCGACCAACCUCUCCGACAGAUCUUAACAAAGUUCGAUGUUGCAGGUCGGCUUCUCAGAUGGGCGGUGGAGCUCGGAGAGCAUGACAUCAGCUACGUACCCAGGACCGCCAUCAAGGCCCACGCGGUAGCCGACUUCAUCGUGGAGCUAGCUCGGGUGGGCAAAGACCUCGAGCGAACUCCUGAGGCUUGGACCCUACACGUGGACGGCUCGGCCAACUCCGGGGGCGCCGGAGCUGGGCUGGUCCUUCUCGCCCCCGACGGACGCUCAUUCGAGCGCUCCCUCCGCUUCGGGUUUAAAGCCACCAACAAUGAGGCGGAGUACGAAGCGCUCCUAGCCGGAUUGAGGCUGGCCCUCGAGAUGCAGGUGGCCGCAAUACACGUCCUCACUGACUCGCAACUCGUGGCCGAACAGCUCAGCGGAGGAUACGAGGCUCGUGACGCAACCAUGGCCAAAUAUUUGGCGCGGGUAAGGGAUCUAACCACGAAAUUCCCUUACUUUACAUUGUCUAACGUUCCGAGGGAGGAGAACGCACGGGCCGACGCGCUCGCUAAGCUGGCGUCGAGACGAACCCCCGAAGCGUGGUCAGAGAUAGAGGAGCUUCCCGCUCGCGCCAUUGAGGUAGCUACCACGACCCCAGGCAGUGCGCCGACCACGUGGGUGCAAGAGCUGCUGCGCUUCAAGCGAGAUGGAGCCCUCCCCACUCGACGAAGUCGCAGCUCGGCGUCUGCGCCGCACACACGCUUGGUACACCGAGGAAAGUGGCCGGCUGUACAGACGAUCCUUCACCUACCCCCUCCUGAGGUGUUUGGAGCCUGA